AUGGAGCAAAUCGAGCAAAUAGCAGCAAUACCAAGGGAGGCAGUGCUGGCGAAGCGAAGCAAGACAAUGUUUCACAACGGUGGACAAGCCUUUUUCGCCGUCUGUUUGAUCGACAGGGUUCGGCCCUUAGAUAAGCGGCCCCCUGAUGCUAGUCCUACAUGCCUAGACCAAAAUGGAUGA